AUGAUGGAGAGUGAAUCGCCUCCACCUGCCUCCUCCCCCACUGCUGCGGAUAACACCGAGGUGUUGUCCCGAAGGACCCUUCCAGGACAGGGAGAGGUGCAGGAGGCUGCCAAGACGGCGCCAAAGGGUGAUACCCCUGCAGUCGAGAACAUGGGGGAACCGACCCCCAUGGAGACUGGAUACGGGGGCCAUGUCCAGUUUGGCCCCCAAUCAAAUGUCAUUCCGGAGAUCCACAUAGCUCCGGAGUCAGAUGAGCAGCCCCCUUCGAAGGAAGGGGGCGCGAUCACCCCGCCGGAGACUUCUGUCAAUGCAGAGGUGCUGGAUACUCCGAUGGGGGCGCUUCAGAGCGCCACCAUUGUGAAAGAGCAUCGUACCCUUAUGGGUACGAGUGAUCUGGACAGUCUAAUUUCAUUCUCCCCGGACAACCUAAAAUCUCAGUCGUCCAAUUCUAGUGCUAUUGUGAAAUAUUUGAUAGACAUGCUAGAUGAGUACAGAGAUAAAAGUCAUGGCAUGUGUGGGUAUGGACCUGUUGCAUUUCUGGCUUCAGCUAAGUCACUUAAGUGUCUUCCUCAAGAGUUGACUUCCUCAGGGAGAUUUGAUCUUCAUGUCCAAGUUCCUGGUUUGUCUGCGCCUGCUCGUAUAGAGAUACUGAGGCAGACAAUUGUCAAGCUUCACUUACUAUGUACUGCGGAAAUCAUCAGCAACAUUGCUUCGAAAUGUGAUGGUUAUGAUGCAUAUGAUUUGGGAAUUUUGGUUGAUAACACUGUGCUUGCUGCUUCGGAUCGUUUGCUUGGGUCUUCUACUGUAAAUCUGGUGGAGGAAGACUUCCUGAAAGCCAUGAGGAACUUUUCUCCUGUUGCGAUGCGUGAUAUUAGUAAAUUUUCGCCUGAAAUUAGCAAUGGAUGGGAAGAUGUCGGAGGACUUUCCGAAGUUGUAAAUGUUAUUAAAGAGACUAUUGAAUUGCCACUAAAAUAUCCGAAGUUUUCUGCUGGGGCUCCUGUAAGGUUGCGAUCGAACAUCCUCCUGUAUGGCCCAACAGGCUGUGGCAAAACCCAUGUUGUGAAAUCUGUAGCUGCUGCGUAUUCUUUACGGUUCAUUCCAAUCAAGGGGCCAGAAUUGAUGAAUAUGUACAUUGGUUCUACUGAGCAAUAUCGAGGAAAACAUGGUACACAAGUUACUGACCGUGUUGUCAACCAGUUUUUGACGGAAUUAGAUGGUGUAGAAGCUCUGACGGGAGUAUUUGUAUUUGCUGCCACCAACAAGCCGCGCGAAAUUGAUGCUGCACUAUUACGACCUGGAAGAUUUGAUCGGCUUGUAUUUUGCGACUUCCCGCAAUGGAAUGAACGUCUGGACAUUCUCAGGGUGCUCUCAAAGGAGCUUCCUCUGGCAAGCGAUGCCGAUCUUGAACUUGUCGCAUCAAUGACGGAAGGGUUCAGCGGUGCUGAUCUCAAAGCUAUACUCACGGACGCUGGGCUGGAAGCCGCCAAGGAGGCUGUGCGAUGCCAACCAGGAGACGGUAGUGGUGAUAUCCCGCAAGAGCUGCCUCUUAUCACCAGUGGAACUCUCAUGUCUGUUGCUUCAGAGGCUAGACCGUCGACCUCGGAGGAGGAUAGGAGGAGCUUGAGGGAGAUGUUCAGCCAAUUCUCAACUUCUAGGAAGUCUUCGAUUUCCACCGAGAAGAGAAGGGAAGCAAAUGGCCAGGGCCAGAGAGUAGCUGUAGCCGAGUCAUGACAAUUGGUUCAUGUAAACUCUCUCUUGUAA